AUGAACACGCACUUACCUGCUUGCAACGGCAAUAAGGUCGAUGGGAAUGCCCAAUUUGACUGCUCUGCAAGUGGUCGAGAAACAGAUGGAGUUAUUAUGGAGAAUUCCCUCUUAUUUCUCAAGGGUUUUGAGGAUCAGAUUGAUCUUUUAGUUUUGGCCUGGACUUUAUUCCUGUACCGAGAUAAUGGUCUCAGCGAUGAUGGAGAAUUCUCAUGGAGUCUGAAGGUCGCACCAACCGAUGAGAAUUCGAUUCUAAAAGGUUUCUCAAGCAAUAUCAAUGAAAUCGUUUUGGCGGAGAGCGACCCCGUAACGAAAGCACUCGCCUCCAUUCGCGCCAGACGGACCACUACCUCAAAUAGCGAACAUACGCAACCAUCCACCUACUCCAUUUUGUUCAUGAUUACCACUCAAACAGUGAAUGGCAGUGAAGAUCUGCCAUUUUACGUCGAAGUACUAGCAUCGAAUCCGAAAUUAUUGAUGAAGCAACACGGCCAACAUGCCACGCUAUCCUUGCAUGCUGUUCACAUCCAGUGCUCCGGAUUCAUGGAUAUUCUCGACUCAAUCCUCAAAAGCACAGACCAGACAAUCGGGCAGGCCAUGCAGCUUGGUGACCGCGAAUUGCAGCAAUUGUGGAAAUGGAAUGUAUCCGUCCCUCAAACACUUGACGACUGUAUCCAUGAUAUUUUUGUGGAAAAGGCGCGAAGGGAUCCUAGUCGUCAGGCGGUUGUUUCGUGGGAUGGCGAAUUGUCUUACGGAGAAGUUGAUCAGUUUUCGACGCUGCUGGCAAUUCAUCUCAUUAAACUAGGUGUCAAAUUUGGAAACCAUGUGUUACUUUUGUUUCGAAAAGUCAAUGUGGACUGUUUGUUGCAGUGCUUCGCCGUUAUGAAGUCAGGCGGCACGUUAGUGCUUCACAGACCCCGAGUCAACCUGAGGGCGCGAUUGCAGACAAUAGCGACAGAAGUGGGUGCGAAUCUGAUGUUAACUUUCUGA